AUGGAGGUUGAUUGCGUUCCCUCCGAGCCUAAUCGAACAGCUUGUGUCACUUCUUCUUAUAAUGCAGGGGUCACAGUUUAUGGGUGGCCUUCCAAGGGUGGUCUUUAUGCCCUGUAUGACUGCCUUGGGGUGGAGCUUGAAUUUCUAGGCUUUGACAGAUUUAAUCCACCUAAGUUACGAGCAGGUUCACAAGCUAAGGAGGAUGCACAUUGUGACCGAAUGCGUCAGCUUGGGGCUACCUGGUGGAAAAGUGAAAUUGGAACGGAUCUGUUUAGGAGAGAGAUAGAGGGCCCCAAGCUUACGGAUGAAUACCUCCGAGUCGGCUGGCCAGCCGGGGGUGGUGUGUGGGUUUUACACACAACGAUCGAGGUAGCAGCCGAGAAAGGUGCUGGGUUAACACAUAAUGCAUAUAAUAUGGAAGAACGAUGUAAAGUGAUUAAGCAGAUGGGAGGUGUCUUUUAUGCGGAUCCUAAAGAUUGUCCUUAUCUCGAUUUGCCCUAA